UAUACUUGUAUCUGCCGUGAAGACUACACUGGAGACAGAUGUGAGUUUGACUGGAGGCAGGGCAGGUGUAUGCCAGGUGUGUGUCGUAACGGAGGGACAUGCCGGGAGCUUUCCGGUGGGGGUUUCCGCUGCGAGUGUCCUGCAGGAGGUUAUGAGCGUCCGUACUGCACUGUCACUGCCAGGACCUUCCAACCCAAGUCCUUUGUCAUGUUCCGGGGCCUCCGGCAGAGAUUUCAUCUCUCCAUCUCACUGACUUUUGCCACCCUGGAAAAAAGUGGCCUUCUCUUCUACAAUGGCCGCUUCAAUGAGAAGCAUGACUUUAUUGCCUUGGAGAUCCAAGAGGGACAAGUGGUGUUCAAGUAUUCCACAGGCGAGUCGUCCACUCAGGUGAGCCCCUUCGUGCUCGGCGGGGUGAGCGAUGGAAACUGGCACACGGUUCACAUCCAUUACUACAACAAGCCAAAACGCAGCAUGAUUGGAGAAGCGCAAGGUCCGUCAGACGAGAAGAUAGCCGUGGUGAGCGUUGACGACUGUGACACGGCCUUGUCGCUUCGCUUCGGUUUGCAGCUCGGAAAUUAUAGCUGCACUGCGCAGGGCAAACAGACCAGCAGCAAGAAGUCUUUGGAUCUGACCGGUCCAUUAUUUCUUGGUGGAGUUCCCAAUGUGCCAGACAACUUCCCCUUCGGCACCCGGGAGUUUAUCGGCUGUAUGAAGGACCUGCAUGUGGACAACCGGGCCAUGGAUCUUGCUGGAUUUAUUGCUAACAACGGAACAAUUCCUGGUUGCAGUGCUAAACUCCCCUUCUGUAAAUCCAACCCAUGUCAGAAUGGAGGGACCUGCAGCGUGAGCUGGGAGACGUUCUCCUGUGACUGUCCAAUAGGAUACGGAGGGAAGGACUGCAGCCACUCCAUGCCACACCCACACCGCUUCCUCGGUAACAGCGCCCUCUGGUGGGACCUGAAGAAUCACGUGACCAUCUCCACACCCUGGUACCUGGGCCUGGUGUUCAGAACCAGAGCGCGUGAGGGGACGCUGCUGCAGGCCCAGGCUGGCCAGUACACCAGUCUGUUGUUUCAGGUGAUAAAUGGUCAACUGGUGUUCUCAAUAACCCACGGCUCAACCCGACCAGUGCGCUUACGUUUGGAUCAGGUUCAAGUGGCAGAUGGUCGGUGGCACGACCUCCAGCUGGAGCUGCGAGACGUUCGGAGUGGCCGUGAAAUGCGCUACGUUGCCACACUGCGGCUAGACUUUGGACUCUAUCAGGGAACAGUGAUAGUAGGAAAUGAGAUUCAUGGUUUGAAGGUGAAACAUCUGCAUGUCGGAGGAGUGCUGGGCUCCGGUGAGGUUCAGAAUGGAAUUAAAGGAUGCAUACAGGGUGUUCGAUUAGGUGUAAGGCCAGACGCCCCUGCCCUCCCCCGUCCAUCCAGAGCAGUCAAAGUGGAGACUGGUUGUAAUGUCGCCAACCACUGCGUCUCGUCUCCUUGCCCGGCUCACAGUCACUGUACGGACCUCUGGGAGCGGCACACCUGCGUAUGUGAACCUGGUUACUAUGGGAAAAGUUGCACUGAUGCUUGUCACUUGAAUCCUUGUGAAAACGAGGCCCGGUGCCACCGAAAACCAAGCUCGUCUCAUGGCUACGUUUGUGACUGCGGAGACAAUCAUUAUGGACAGUACUGCCAGCACAGGAUUGAUCACCAGUGUCCCAGGGGUUGGUGGGGUUCUCCAACCUGCGGACCUUGUCACUGUGACCCCAAUAAAGGUUUUGACCCUGACUGUAACAAGACGAGUGGACACUGUCACUGCAAGGAGUUUCAUUACCAUCCUCGAGGCUCUGACAACUGCCUGCCGUGCGACUGCUACCCAGUGGGCUCCUUUUCGCGGUCAUGUGACCCCGAAACAGGCCAGUGUCAGUGCAGGCCUGGUGUGAUUGGUCGCCAGUGCAACUCAUGUGACAACCCCUUUGCUGAGGUGACAAAUUCAGGCUGUGAAGUUAUUUAUGAUGGCUGUCCAAAGACCAUCACUCAGGGGAUCUGGUGGCCUCGGACCAAGUUUAACCUGCCUGCUGCUGUCCCCUGUCCCAAAGGCUCUGUUGGUGCAGCUGUCAGACACUGUGAUGAGGAGAGAGGAUGGCUGGAGCCGGAUCUUUAUAACUGCACCUCGCCUCCGUUUGUGGAGCUCGGCAUUGCUCUUGAUUCCCUCGAGCGUAACGAGACGGAACUGAACACCAUCUUGGAGAAGAAGUUGGCUCACCAGCUCCGGGACGUUACUGAAGCCACCGCCCGGCUCUAUGGGAACGACUUGCAGAUCGCUGAACGACUGCUCUCCCGCCUCCUGACGUUUGAGACUCAACAGAGCGGUUUUGGACUCACUGCCACUCAGGACGCACACUUCAAUGAGAACAUCCUGCGAGGUUGCAGCGUACUGUUGGGUCCCGGCACCUCUGGGCUUUGGCGAGCUCUCGCUCAGAGCCAGAACCACAUCCUGGGUGGUGGUCCGGCUGAACUGACGGAGCUGCUGGAACAGUACACAAAGAACCUGGCCCAGAAUAUGAAACUUACCUACCUCAACCCUGUGGCCUUGGUCUCACCCAACAUCGUCAUGAACCUGGACCGCAUGGAGAACCUCACCUACUUUAAGCAGCGUUUCCCUCGUUACCAUGCUCCUCUGUUUCGAGGUCAGACAUUGUGGGAUCCCUCCACUCAUGUGAAGCUGCCCCCUGCUGCCCUGGUGCCACAACGGCAGCAGCAACACAACUGGAAGGAGAAAGAGAGGACAGAGAAAGAAUCCCUAUCUCCUCAGAGUGAUGCCUCGGCCCCCAGCAGCAUCUCAGCCAAUCAGACGACAGAAUACACCGCCGCUAGACGCAGCUCGUCAGUGCCCGAGCCCCCCAUCACUAUCGUCAUCUUGCUGAUCUAUCGAAGCCUCGGUGCUGCCCUGCCUCCCAAAUAUCAUGCAGAUCGUAGAGGAGUGAGGCUUCCCAGACAUCCAGUAAUGAACUCCCCAGUGGUCACUGUCUCCGUUUACAACAACCAGACGUUUGUGGCCGGUCACUUAGACAAGCCCAUCGAGCUGGAGUUCAAGCUGCUGGAGACGGCCAAUCGCAGCAAGCCGCUGUGCGUGCAGUGGAAUCACAGCAGCCCGUGA